AUGGCCGACACGGCGCCCAAAAUCGCCGAGGUAGAGCGUGAGGAGGCUCCCGCCGCCGUGGACCGAAAGGCGCGGGCCCUAGCGGAUCAAAUACGCAGGAGCAAACACCUGGUCGUCUUCACGGGUGCUGGAGUCUCGACGUCAGCCGGCAUUGCUGACUUCAGAGGUCCGGAAGGCGCCUGGACGCUGAUGGCACAGGGACGUGAACACGACUUGCGAUCCAUCGACACUCUGCAAGCUAUACCCACGCCGACUCACAUGGCACUCGUGGAGCUGCAGAGCCGCGGGAUCCUCAAGUACCUCAUCAGUCAGAAUUGUGAUGGUCUGCAUAGACGGAGUGGGAUACUGCCUGGCACGAUAUCUGAAGUCCAUGGGAACAGCAACCGCGAGUAUUGCAAAGACUGCGGGAAAGAGUACAUCCGCGAUUUCCGGGCCGUUGCCCCCGACGAGCGUCCAGCGCAUGACCACCGCACAGGUCGCAAGUGCGCGAUAUGUGGCGGAAUCCUGCUCGACAGCAUCAUCAAUUUUGGCGAGCCGUUGCCUGAGGCAGACUUGCAGCGCGCGUUUGACAACGCGGAGAAGGCCGAUGUUUUUCUCGUCCUGGGAUCCUCGUUGACCGUGACCCCUGCCAACGAGAUCCCCGAAAUUCCAGGCCGAAAACGCGCCCCAUCGUUGGCGAUUUGCAAUCUUCAAAAGACGCCGUUGGAUGGUCUCGCUGACCUCAGGGUCUUCUCGAAAUCGGACGAUCUGAUGGUCCGCGUCAUGAACCAACUGGAAAUCCCCAUCCCGCAAUUCAUUCUUCGUCGAAGCCUGAUCAUCAGAAACGGGCAAAAUGCUCGGGGAAAAUUUCAACUUCAUAUAGUUGGUAUCGACAUCGAUGGGACACCAUAUUUCCGCGGUGGCUUGGACCCCGGGACCCAAGUCGAGCUCGAGCUCGAGUUCAUGGGAAACUAUGGCGAACCCAAUCUGUGUCUUACCCACGAAUAUGGCGGCCAGGCAGACGAGGCAGUCACGUAUGAUCUGAGGUAUAACCCGGCUGAUGGGAAUUGGGAUUUCAGCAGAGCAAGCCCGCCAAAUUGA